UGAGGUCUGUGCAAUAGGAAUGUGACAUGUGGCCACUACUACAUCUAUUUUUUAUUUUUCCAUCUAUUUUCAGCCUUUUUCCAAUAAAUCGAAAAAAAUACCGAAAUUAAAAAUAGGAAGGUCCUUUUAGCAAUUGUUUGAAACUUGGCUGUGGUAAAAAUCUAUCUACUGAUUUUUACCAUCAUUGAAGAUUGGAACUGAUUCCUAUUCAACCUCUCACUCUUCCACUCAUCUUCAACCUCUCACUCUUCCACUCAUCUUCAACUACUGCACUCAUCUUCACCAGUGACGACAGAAAUCAUCCAAGAGACCAUCACCUAAUUCGCGUUGCCCUAAUUUCUCUGCUCUCUACUACGUCAAUCGGUGAAAUCCUCGUUUCGAUUCAUCCUCCGUCUGCGUUCUCGUUCACCGGUCAAGAUUCAAGAUCUAAAGGUUGUUCCAAAAUGGCUGAAAUUAAUGAAGAGGCUCAUGUGGACUUGUCUAAUUCUGGAGGCAUGAAUGAGUCUCAGGAUCUGAAUGAUAUCUCAGAUAAUUCUGAUGGAGAUGAUGUGGUCAAUAAUGAUUCUUCCCAACAACAGUGCAAGCUAAUUCCUGAGUUGACUAUUGAUGAAAUUAGGGAGCUGGAGUUUUUGUCUGAGCAGGAUGCCGUUGAGUUUUACCAGCACUAUGCCCAGUUUAAAGGUUUUGGGGUUAGGAAGGAUGAUGUUCGGCGCAAUCGAAAAGGUAAUGUUGUUAGUCGCCAGCUUGUUUGUAAUAGGGAAGGUGAGAGACAUGAGAAGCAUUUGAAAAAGGUUAGUCGAGUGAAAGAGGCUAAGCCAAUUACCAGAGUAUCAUGCCAAGCUAAAUUUCGUGUACGUUUCGAGGCAAACUCCAGCAAGUGGAAGGUUGUUUAUUUUGAACCUGAGCACAAUCAUGAGUUGACACUGGCUAAGCAAGUUCAUUUAAUUCCGGCAUUCAGGGGAUUGACUAAUGGUGAUAAGGCUCAAGUUGACACACUAAAGCUCUAUGGCGUGAGGAGUUGCAACAUAAUGGGUCUCAUGAUGGGACAAAAAGGAGGUCAUGAUUCAGUUGGUUUUUUGAAAAAGGACUUAUACAACCAUGUCGAUAAGAAUAAAAGGAUCAGUUUAGGUGCUGGUGAUGCUGCUGGUUCAUUAAACUAUUUUACGCGGAAAGGGGAGAAGGAUCCGAUGUUUUAUUUCAGGUUCACGAGAACAAGUAAUGAUAAUCUUGAAAAUUUGUUCUGGUGUGAUGGAACCAGUCGUCUUGACUACCAAGCUUUUGGAGAUGUAAUCGUGUUUGACAGCACUUACAAAAAGAACAAGUACAACAAGCCUGUUGUUAUAUUUUCUGGUUACAAUCAUCACAAGGAGACUACUAUUUUUGCAUGUGCAUUGGUUUCUGAUGAGACUGUGGAUACUUACAAAUGUCGUGACAGAUGGAGAUAA